CUAUCUGUUCAUCUUUCCCAUUUUUGUCUGUAUCCUUUCAUUCUAUAUCUGGCUUCAUUUACAUAUUUUUAUUUGCAUAACCUAAUGCAAUUUGGUGGUACCAGAUGGAGUCAAAGCAUCAUGGACCUCGACCUCUAAGACCCACAAGUCCAGCCAUGCCUUUCGUAGGUUGUCCCCACACAAAUGGAUGUGGAGGCCCAGGUCGGACGUUGCUACGUGAGAUGCUUUGGCAGCUGGAGCAAAGAGUACUUCAAGUUCAAGAGGAGGAGUUUCAGUAUUGCAUCUCCCAUGGCAUUCUGGGAUACCGUCACCCCCCAGCAUACCCAAUCCUGCUUGCCCUUAUACCUGCUUCUGAACACCGCCAGCUAGAGCGCCUCUGUGGUCGCAUCCCACCCUCACACACUGCCAUUGUACUUUCCAGGCUUCAUGAUCUUUUGGCCCACAAUGACAUUCCUCCCUGGGAACUGGUGGGUGUCUUCAAGCAAGUUCUUAGAGACUUCCUGAGGAGACAGGAAGACGGCAUACAGAGACGCCCAGCCCCUUCAGCUCCAUCAACAAUUCUUUCUGCUCCGAGUCCACCUACAGAGAGUAAUGACAGAAAUCGUAUUGUUGGAAAUGCAUCUAAUUCUUUAUCAGAGGAGACAGGAAAGCACAGGGAGGAAAUUCCUACUAUUUCUAGUUAUGUGGAUAAACAUUUGCGUGCCGCCUGCCCCUACUCUAUCCACAGAGAUUGGAGUCUGCCCUUUUGCCCUUUUGCUUAUGAGGCCUACAGCACCACAUUGUGAGACACUUAAUUGUAGAAGUCCAACACCUUCUCAUGGCAAUUCAUAACAAUUUUAUGUUUUGUCAAAUUAGUGGCUAAUUCUUAAGAAUUGGUACAAUCUGAUUUGUAUGUUUUUGUAUGAUCUGCUUGCAUCCCAUAGAUGGUUACUUUUAUAGUAAUACUUUAAUGUACUAAUAAUAAUGCAUUUUCAUACAAAUCACCACCUAUAAAUUCAUAUGAAAUCGCCACCUCAUUGUUUCCUAGUGAGAUUGGCUUGAAAAGUCAAUGCAACCAUUUUCUGUCUUUCCAGUUUGAAAAAUCUAAUCCUCUGCUCCAGUUAAUUAGAAUUAUUAAAAGUAAUUAACAUGAGGAUGUAUUAUGUGAUGUUAAAACUUGGAAGAUGAGCCAUCAUCUUUUUGUAAUUGAUCGAUAAGAUGAAAAACAAAACUGAUUUUUAUGACAUGAA